AUGUGCUUCAGGAGGCAAUGGCCUGCUCGCAGCUCUUCAGGCCGGCUGCACGGAAGCGUCGCUGGCGGAGCUCGGCCUCAGCUUGGGCCACCUGACGGCAGCCCUCCGGUGCUUCGCCGAGACGGAGGAGAGAGCCUGACUGACUCUGUGUUCGCCGCUUCCUUGGAGAACUCCAUGGCCUGCGCCCGAGCAAAAGGGGCAGCUGGAGCACGGGCCGUGACAGCUUUGCGGCUCCUGGUGGUCGUGCUCGCAAGCAAGGCCGUGGCCAACAGACAGACGGCGCACCUGGAGGUUUGCUUGCGGCUGGCCAAAGCCUGGCGGCCGCUGCCGGCCAAGGGCACCAAGGUGGCCGACUGGGUCGACCAGCUGCUGGUGGAUUGGCUGGUGAAUACCGCCAAGAGCCUUGGAGCCCUCUUCCACUUCAACUUGCGCAAGAACGUCUUGGAGCACCUGACCUUGCUGGCGCAGCAGGACCCCCUCGCCCACUUCAAAAUCGCCAACCUGCUCGCGGAGCUGUACUCGGUCUCCAACUUUGCCUCCUCCCGGGAGGAGUUGACCUUUGUCGGCAAGGCUCUAGAGUCCGGCUGCUGCGAGAAUGCGCACCAUGCCUGGUGGAAGGACAUCUCCCGUCUCUAUUUGGCCCUUGUCCACCCGAAGCCCUACCUCCACAAGGUCUACCAGCAGAGCCUCUUAGGGAAGCGCAUGCCCUUGGAGGCCUUCACUCCGCAGUCCCCCUGCAGCCCGGCGCCGAAGCCGGCGGAGACGCCGGAGCCAGAGUCCAGCGCUUCCUACACGGCCGAGGCUUCCUACACUGAGCGGGGUGCCAACGCUGUCGUCCAGCACCGCGAGCGGCUGGAAGGCACAGACUCCCUGCUGACGGCACGGAUCUCGCAGACCGUUCACCAGUUCUGCAAGGCGGCGUCCACCUAUGGUGGUGCCACCAUGGCGGAAGCGGCGGCGCAGGUGGUGGGCUUCCUGGCAGAUGCCUAUGAAGGCACUCCCUGGCAAUGCCACCUGGCAGCCGGCUGGAUUGCCACGCUGCGAUGUGGAGGCCAGCAGACGGAGGCUGAACAGGCGGAGGGCACGCGCAAGGUGCUGCGGGAGCUUUUGGUUCAGAAGAUGGUGGCAGACUUCGUCCCGGAGCGUGCCGACCGUCUACUGGAGCGGGCGAGCCGGCGGCAGCUGCCGCAUUGGCUGCAGGCCUUCAUCAAGGUGCCAGAGUGGCGGCGGGUGAUCUACGAGCUGGCCAAGCAGAGCCGAGGCAGAUCAUCGACGUUCCUGUCGGGUGUGCUCCUCCACAUCGCUGAGGCCAAUGACUUCACCGAUGAGCUGCUGGAGCACACCUCGAGCUCCGAGAGCUUUCACUUGUUUUGCCGCAAUGUCCGCAUCUUGCUGGUGAGAUGCUUCGACGUGGGCGCGGUGGAUGAGACACUCACCAGGAAGGCAGUAGACAACUUCUGCCAGCUGAGCUGCUACUCGAAGUAUACUUACAUGUACUCCCAGGGCAUCUUGAGAGAGCUGAUGCGCAUGUGCCCUCUGCAACGGCGGCCCCUGAUGUGCAUCAGCCAGGCCCUGACUGGGAUGGGCAACCGCCUCUUCAGCGUGGUCUUGCGCCUGGACCUACGCCUUAGCCCAGUCGGGAGGUACCCGGAGGUGUCCAAGAUGCUGCACUCCAUGUGUCGCUUCGGGCGCCAGCCCCGCUUCGUGGCCGCGGACGUUGUCAAGCUGUGUGGCCUUAUCGAGAACAUCGUGGCGAGCAAAGUCCACGCGGACGAGAAGGAGGACCAGGGACCUGCCACUCCCCAGAAGGCGGCCAGAGAGGCACCGGCGGAGAAGCCGGCAAAGCGCCAGAAGAAGGAGAAGAACCCAAGCCUGAAGGAGGAGAAGGACAAGAAGCACAAGAAAGAGAAGAAGGAGAAGAAAGAAAAGAAGGAGAAAAAGGAAAGGAGAAAACAAGCGAAGGAAAAGAGGAAGCAACAAAAAGCCAAGGAGGCUCAAACGCAGGAGUCGGAGGAGGCUGCAGAUCAGAAGGACAAGGAGUCAGACACAGAGGUCGCCUCAUCCCUGGACAGCUGGCUCGAUGGGGAGGCCAACGAGGCGCCAACGGCCGAGAGCGCGGCCGAGUCCGCCACUCCAGAGAGCUCGGCUGGCAAAGCCAAGGAGCCCAAGAGUGCGAAGGAGCUGAAGGAGGAGGCCAAAGACCGCCCAAAGAGCCCUCAGGCGAAGGCGGAGCCAAAGAAGAAGGAGGACAGCGACAGCGAGGCGUCCACUGACCAAGCGUCCUGGGUGUCGAACCCGCAGGGAUCGGUCUCCAAGCAGAAGACGGAGAAGACCGCAAGCAUCUGGAACAUGCCCGCGCCAGAUGAGUCUUCGCGGGAGGCAGAUGGCGAAACCUCCAUGUGCGGAAACCAUGAUCCUACCAAAGGGGUGAGAGGAGUGCUGGAGUCCAUGCGCAGCCCGGUCAUCAUCGAAGCCUUGCUAACCCGUUUCGUGGACCCGUUUGAGGCCCAGCUUUCUGAGAAGGAUUGCAAUUCCUACGCAAGACUGCUGGCGACCUGCUGCCAUGAUGGCGUUCUGGCGGCGCACGGCACCAAGCCGAGGACAGACGCAGAGGAGGCGGUGCGAAGCACCUGCAAGGAGCUGGAGGCGUGCCAUCAGGUGGCCCACCACCUGCAGGCCUCGUGGCUGCGGCAGGUGGCUGGCAUGAUGCGGCUGCAGCGGAGCGCUUUGGGCUGCGCUGCGGGCUUGCGGUGGCUGCAGCACGUGGUGCUGGGCACCCGUGUGCGGCGCCAGCUGCUGGUGCGCAUGUCCCAGCCAAUCAUUUUCCUCAUGCUGAAGCAGGCCUGCGAUGCGCACAAGCUUCAAUCCUGGCGGGUUCUGAAGAUCUUGGGAGAUAUGCUGGAGCUCCUGCCUUCGACCGUGCAGGAGGAUGACGAGGUGGUGGAGGACGAGCCAGCCCAAGCGGCUCAAGGGGAUGAGGUGCUGCAUGCCGACAUCCACGACCCGGCCGCCCUGCGCAGCAGGGUUGCAAAGAUGAUCGCUGGCACCCUCUUGUAUGUUGCGUUGAGGCAUCGUUGCGAAGUGCCGGUCCUGGACCUUGCACGUGCCCGGGCAGCUAGCUGGGAGAAGGACGGUCUGCAAUUCUUCCUCGCCCAGCUGCUGGACUCCGUGCAGCCACCGCACUCCAAGCGGUUUUGCUGGGCCUUAGUCUUGCUGAUGGCGACGCCGGAAGGGACCGCGGCCUGCCGAGCCUUGGGCACCGUGCCGGAGCAUUGCAGCCUGGCCCGGGAGUUCUGCAAGGAUGCGCGGACAUCCUUGGAAGUGGCGGAGGUCGCCUCGCAAGCCGUCAGGGACCGCCUGGCCGAGGCCAAAGAGGCCUACAAGUCGGUGGAGGCAUCCCUUGCCAGCCAGGCUGCGCUGUCGCCGCGGUUGGGGGCGCUGCCAUCCCCGUCCCCGGUGCCGGUCGUCCCGUUGUCGCCACGCCCGAAGCCGCGGCCCGCCCCCAAGAAGGAGGUGGACGAGCAGGCCAAUUUGUGGAAGUGGUGGGACUCCUCCAGACAGGGGCAGAGGCCAUCGCGACAAGGCAAAGCCAAAGCUAAGCCCAAGGCAAGGACGCGUGAGGCUCGUGCCAAGGUGAUUGCUAGCCCAGACCCGUCGCCGCCAUCUUCCUGCUCGGAGGGGUCGGUGAGUGAGUACGAAGAGCCGGAUCCGAGCCAUCGAGCUCAGGCCGUGGCACCGGUUCCAGGGAGCCUUCCCCGCACGUUGCAGGCCUUUCUGCCGUGUUGGGCUGUGGGGCCCUUGGCUUGCGCCAGGCCUUACAGGGCCGAUGGCAGCAUUCCAGUGCCAAGCUGGGCCAAAUCAACGUCACGGACAGGGUCGCAGAGUUCGAGAACGGCCAAAAGUUCAUCAUCCGCGAGGGGCCCGACGGCGCUGUGGAGGUGGGCGGCUACGUCGCCAGGCCAGAGGGACUCCGACCAGCGCAGCUUCACUGGACCCGUGGCAGCGCCGCUUGCUCCUGGCAGCGCCACAGGCCGCGCCUGA